AUGGCUGAUGAAGAACUAAGUGCUGUUGAAACAAACUCACCAUCCACACCAGUUGUCAGCAAUCCGGGCACACCAAGAUCUGACCAGGUGGAGCCAGUGCAGGCAACACCUCCCCCUCCUACCCCCCACCAGGCACGACCCGUCCAGCACCUCAGCAAAUACAACCAGCUACUGGCAGUCAUUGAGGACAUGGGUAGAGACAUCCGACCAACUUACGCUGGAAACAGAACAUCGGCCGAGAGACUAAAACGGAGCAUUGUCCAUGGACGCAUUCUUGUGCGCGAAUGUCUAAUGGAGUGUGAACGGAGUGCAAGAAGUUGA